AUGGAUUCGUUAACAUCUGUGCAUUUGUUUUUCUCAUUUUCACUUCUUGUUGGGAUAGCAGUAGCCCAACAGAACCAAUCCCAUAUCAUAAGCUUGGGUUCUAAACUCUCUCCCACCAAACCCCCGAAUUCAUGGCCUUCACCGUCUGGUCAUUUCGAAUUUGGCUUCUACCAACAAAUCAAUGGAUUUGCUGUUGGAAUAUGGUUGGUCAGUCAACCUGAAAAUAUUGUUGUCUGGACUGCAAAUAGAGAUGACUCGCCAGUUUCCGCAAAUUCUACUCUGGAGUUAACAAAAGAUGGAAGGCUGCUAAUCAGAAAUGAACAGGGUCCAGGAAGGCUCAUUGCUGAUGUAUCAGACGCCAUACAUGCAGCUUCGAUGCUCGAUUCUGGUAAUUUCGUGCUUUAUGGAAGCAAUUCUUCCAUUAUCUGGCAAAGCUUCGAUUUCCCAACUGACACCUUAUUAGGAGGUCAGAAUUUGUAUGCACACAAUCGGUUGGUUUCCAGCGUGUCUCGAUCUGAUCAUUCAAGUGGACGAUUUUUUCUCAGAUGCCAAUCAGACGGUAACCUUGUUGCGUACCCAGUAAACAGUUCUGGGGAUUCAGAUGAUGCAUACUGGAACGUUCUUUUAUCUAAUAAUUUUGCAGUACAGCUUAGUCUUGAUUAUGAAGGUCGGUUGUACAUGAAGGAUGGGAUUUCCAAUUACACGAUAAGCAAAUCAGUGAACAGCUCUGCUCCUGCGGAGAAAGAAGUUGUAAUUUAUCGAGCAACGAUUGAUGCUGAUGGAAUUUUUAGGUUGUAUUCCCACCAUUUUGAGAAUAGCACUGCCUCAACUAUGUCUACAGAGUGGGUAGCAAUGGAAGAUCAAUGUGAUGUCAAAGGUUUCUGCAACUUCAACAGCUACUGCUCAAGCUCAGAUUCUAAAGGUGACUGCUAUUGUUAUCCUGGUUUUGUUUGGAUAAACCAGAGCGAGAAAUUCUUGGGGUGCACUCUGAACUGCACAGAAGAUGUUUGUAGGAAAGAUCUCAAAAUUUAUUACAAUAUUACUGCUAUGGAUAAGACAUGGUGGGGUGACUUUCCUUUAUCUGUUGUACCAAUGACAAGAGAAGACUGCACCAGGUCCUGCCAAGAGGAUUGCAAUUGUGGGGCUGUUUUAUAUGCAGGUGAAAAUUGCGAAAAAUACAAGCUUCCGCUCAGAUAUGGAAAAAGAAACAGAAACAUAUCAACAGUAGCAUUUUUCAAGGUAAUCGUGGGGAGUUCUGCAAGUCAUGGAGAUCCAGAGAUUGUAACAGAAGUCAAGGAAAGCCUAAUGGUCGUUCUUGCCAUAAGUUUAGGUUCUAUUACUUGCGUUUGUUUUGCUUUUGCAGUCUCUAGUUUCUUCAUUUAUCGGAAUCAAGUUCAUUGUUACAGAAAGAUAUCAGAAAAUGGAAACUUGGGAUUAUCAGAAGAGUUUGCUCUGCGUUCAUUUUCCUACAGUGAGUUGGAGAAAGCAACAAAUGGUUUUCAGGAAGAGUUAGGAAGGGGCAGUUAUGGAGCAGUUUACAGAGGAACCCUACAAGGAGUGGGCAAAAACAUUGCUGUAAAGAGACUAGAGCGAGUCGUUGAAGAAGGGGAGAGAGAAUUUCGAGCUGAAAUGACAGCCAUCGGAAGAACUCAUCAUAGGAACUUGAUUCAGUUGCUUGGUUUUUGCGUGGAGGGCUGCAGGAAACUUCUUGCAUACGAGUAUAUGAACAAUGGUUCACUUGCAGAUGUUCUCUUCAAGGCAGAGGUUCGUCCUGUUUGGAGAGAAAGAUUCAGGAUUGCACUAGACGUGGCUAGAGGCAUUCUCUAUUUACACGAAGAGUGUGAGGUUCAAAUCCUCCACUGCAAUAUAAAACCACAAAACAUACUCAUAGAUGAUUCUUGGACUGCAAAGAUAUCUGAUUUUGGGUUAGCGAAGCUGUUACCACCUAGUCAAGCAAGCACAGACGAAGGGGUUAGUGAGAUUGGAGGAUAUCUGGCACCUGAAUGGCAGAGGAAGACAGUGAUAUCAGUAAAAGCAGACAUCUACAGUUUUGGGGUUGUGCUUCUGGAGAUCAUCUGUUGCAGAAGCAACAUAAAAAUAGAUGUGCCUCCAGAUGAGAUAAUCCUUUCUGGUUGGGUACAGAGUUGCUUUGUAGCGGGGGAAUUGGAUAAGCUUGUGGAAGAUGAAGAUGUCGACUUUGUAACACUGGAAAGAAUGGUAAAAGUGGGGCUGUGGUGUACUCAGGAUGAUCCCAGCUUGCGUCCUUGUAUGAAGGAUGUGGUCCUGAUGUUGGAAGGGACAAUGGAAGUGCCGGUUCUUCCGGUCGGAGAGGAAUUAGACUAG